GUGACUCGGCGGCGUUCACGUGACUGCGCGCCCUGCAGGCGCCGGGGGUGAUGGCGGCGGCGUUGGCGCACCUGCUGCUGCUGUUGGCGCUCGCGGCGUAUGGACCCACGUACGCGGGCGCCGCCAAGAUGAAGGUGGUGGAGGAGCCCAACACGUUCGGGCUCAACAACCCGUUCCUGCCCCAGACCAGUCGCCUGCAGCCCAAGAGGGACCCUUCCCCGGUGUCUGGGCCUGCGCAUCUCUUCAGACUUUCUGGCAAGUGCUUCAGCCUGGUGGAGUCCACCUGUACCCCCAGGUACAAGUACGAGUUCUGCCCAUUCCACAACGUGACCCAGCAUGAGCAGACCUUCCGCUGGAACGCCUACAGUGGGAUCCUCGGCAUCUGGCACGAGUGGGAAAUCGCCAAUAACACCUUCAGGGGCAUGUGGAUGAGGGACGGUGACUCCUGCCACUCCCGGAGCCGGCAGAGCAAGGUGGAGCUUACCUGUGGAAAAAGCAACCGACUGGCUCAUGUGUCUGAGCCAAGCACCUGUGUCUACGCGCUGACCUUCGAGACGCCCCUUGUCUGCCAUCCCCACUCCUUGUUAGUGUACCCAGCCCUGCCUACGGCCCUGCAGCAGAGGUGGGACCAGGUGGAGCAGGACCUGGCCGACGAGCUAAUCACUUCCCAGGGCUAUGAGAAGUUGCUCAGAGCACUUUUUCAGGAUGCUGGCUAUUUAAAGACCCCAGAAGAAAGUGAAUCCACACAGGAAGGCGGUGCUCAGGGUCUGGUGUUUGAGACCUUGGACAGCUGCAGUAAGGCACAUAAAGAACUAUCAAAGGAGAUUAAAAGACUUCAAAGUGUGCUGACCCAACAUGGCAUCCCCUACACUAAGCCUGUGGAAAAAAAAAGUGGCAGUGGCACUCAGUCCUUGUUAAGCCCCUCCUGUGGACCGGACAGGAGCUGAGGUCCUCAACAAACAAUGUACAGCGAUUACCCUGCAAGGGCGGGGCGCCCUCUGUGCUGACACAGGCGGUGACUAACGGACUCUAAACGGAGGCGCUGAGAGGGGAAACCUGCUGCCAAGCUCCACAUGUACGGCUCCCACCAGAGAAGACAGCUCUCCCCGAACCCCAGAGCCUCCCAUUGCUCCAUUAGAACCCCAAGGGCCACCGUCACAUAUGCCGUCUGUUGACCACAGUCGUUAGGUGGUGCAUGACCAGUUGGGAAUUAAAGAGAUAUUUAAAAAUA